AUGGAUGGUGCUUACUGGUGCAUAGAUCUCGGCACUGCGUUAGCUAGCGACAGCGACAUGGGCGUGUCGCUUCCACCAGCGUUUCCAUACCUAACUGAGGUCGACCUGGUGGCCGACCCAUUCGAAAUGGUAUUCUAUUAUGCCUAUCGCCCGCUAUGGCUCUGUGCGAGGGCCGUCAAGUUCGUCAAUAACGAAGAUGGUUACCCAGAUCGCCCAACUCUCCAUGUCUGGAUUGAGCUAGUAGAAGAAUUGGAGCAGUGGUAUCGGGAGCGACCGCAGGAAUUUCAACCCAUGUUGGAAUUGGAAACGGGCGAUCAGUUAGCUGGACCCGAGCGGGGCUUCCCCGUGGUUCUAUUUGCGAAUGGGGCAGGGCUUUUUGGCAAUCAGCUUUACCACACGGCCAUGCUGAUGUUGCUCCAAAGUCGGCCAAGGACUGCCCGGACCGCAGGCUUCCAUUUUGCUGCCAUGUCACCAUUGUGGCACGCACAGCGGAUCUGCAGUAUUGCUCUCCAUAAUGACCGACGAGAGUGCUGGGAUCCAUGUCUUCUUGCCUCGUUCUUGAUGGCAGCGCGUCGGAUGACUCACGAGUCGCAACAGCAAGAAGUGUUGCAAGGCUUCGAGCGUAUCCGCAUAGUGACGGGAUGGAACGCGAGUGGGUGCUUACAAAAAUUGCGAGCCGAAUGGUGCUUACUUGACGAAACGUAG